AUGAGUUUAUUUUUUAGAAAGAAAUCUCUAUUAUUAUCAUUAUUAGCGGUUUUGUUAUUAUUAUUUCUAUUUGGAUGGACUGAGAUUGAAGCGAAAGAUGUGGCGAUAUCUUUAAGAAGAGAAGCAAAUUAUGAAGGAGACAUAGAAGACAAUAUCUUACAAAAGAAAUCAGAAAGUAUUGAUAACUACCAUAAUGAGACUGAUAGAAUAAAGAGCAGGUACUCUUCCACAGCAGUAUAUUUUAUCUUAUCCGGGAUACUAGUUAUAAUCACGAUUCUUUCCACAUAUUUAAUAAGAGAAUGCAUAGUAGAUAGAAUAAGAAGAAAAAAUGACUCAUUUUUGCAGACUGUUAUGGACACAGUUUUCAGACAAGCAGCGUGUAUAUUUGUAUCUCUUGCAAUCUCCUACUGUAUGCUGACAUCCAGAUUGAUUGAUCACUUAAGAAAUUUUUGUGAAAGUUUAAUGGCAGAAUAUUCUAGACAGAGUAUAAUAAAUAAUCUCGCAACACGGUUGGACGGAGCAAUAGUAAGUAAUUCAAAAGUUUGGACAACAGAGAACCUAGGAAGAGAAUUUAAUAAUAUUCUUGCGAUUGUGAUUUUAUCUUUCGCGUGGUAUUGUCUUUUUGUCUUAUAUUUCACAGGAUGUGUGAAGUUUUUAGAAAAAUGGAUAAGAUAUGCUGACGAAACAGACAUUGGCGUGCUUAUUAAGAAUAUUUUUAACCUCCAGAAUUUGUUUAGUUUAAAACUAAACAAAAAUUCAGAACCUAAUUUUGCAAGGGAAGAAAUACAAAAUAAUAGGUUAAAUCAUUCUGAAAGCAAGGACAAAUUGUUUGGGGAAAGUGGAACAGUACUACAAAAUAGUGUGCCGAUCACAGUAUUGAAUGAAAAUGAGAGUAUUUCAAGUUAUAAAAGAUCGUCGGUCGGACGUAUUGAUAACCAAAAAAACAAAACUUGUGAAGGAAAUGAGAAGAGUAGUAACGAGGGGAAAAGGUUAAGUGUUACUUGUGAAUCUGAUAAUAUAGCAGAGGAGAACCUUUGUGACUCUAUGGAUAGCUCAAAUUCGGGAGGAUGCUCUGGUGAAGGAAGUGAAAACGAAGAAAUAAGGAGCGAUACAGAUGUUGAAGACGAGCUUGCCUUGUCACAAUUAAAUGAAAGCAUAGAACUAGAUAUUGGCAAGUCUUUAUCAUUAAAAGGGAAGCAACAGAGAGAAAGUAGCAUUAUAAAACGUAAAAGGAAUGAUACAGGAACAGAAAAAUUUACAUGGAAAGAAAACUUGAAACUAAAGUUAGAGAGCCUAUGGACAAAGCUUUGGCUCUGGCCCAACCAGUUAUUUUUGACAUAUACAAAAGCUCAUUUUAUAUCUUUAAGAUAUGACUUUAUGGACGAAGUUGCAGCUUAUGACAAUUAUGGAUCAUCGUUCAGUACUAAUAUUAGCGGUGAUUCUGGUUUUUCUGAUGAUGGACUUAGUACAUCUUGGCUAAUUUCAUUAACUGAUCCAACAACACCCCUGGUUGCAGGUGUAUAUUUCACCGAGUAUCUUCGAGCAAAGCUAUUAAUUAUGGCAGUAACCUUAAUAAGAAUACCAAUAACUACAUUAACUUUUAUUUUGGGGUUAAAUGUUUUAGGAUGGUUUCUGAUUUAUGAUUACUAUCAAAAUCUAAUCUUGUUUAAUAAUGUAAAGCACUAUAUUUCAGAACCAAUGAUUUGUACUUAUAUUUCACUUCUAUUACUUUGUUUCACUCUAACUAUUUGGCUGAGAGCUUGGUUAAUUAAAAGGCAACUCCAACCGAAGAAUAUUCUUGAGUAUCUUAAGAUGAAAUAUAGCUUAGAUAUUGGAAUGCCUUUACAAGAAAUUGAAUAUGAUAAAAUUAUGCCAAGGUACAAGAUAUCAAAUAAUAGAGUUAAUUCGAAUGGUGAAUACUCACAGAUUUCUUCUCAAAGUAGUCCAUCUAUAAAUCAAGAAGAGCAAGAGUUCAUGCAAAAUAGAUCAUGCUUUGGGAGAUUGUCUAAAUACUUAAAGAUUAAGCUAUGUGGAACCAAUUUCCCUUCUUUGCAUGAUGAUUUGUUUUUUUUCAAACGGAAUGGACCUGCAAUAUUAAUAAGGUGGUUCCAGGCAUCAUACUUCCUUCAGCUUAUUUUAAUUUCUAUUGUAAUUCAUCUAUCGUAUUUGCAAAAAAGAUUAUGGUACGAAGAAUUCCCUCUUGCAACUUUUACUAUUUGGGUAAUUUUUGGAUUCCAGCAUUUUUGCUUACCUUUUAUUAUUUAUCCAAUACUGCUCUGUACUUCAGUAGGUCAAAUGGCCGAUAAAAUCGUACUUGAAGAGGUCCUAAACAUUCAAAAAGCUCAAAACAUCCAAAGACUUUCACAAAUUUCAGAAGCACUUAGAUUUUAUAGCUUCCUUCAUUUAUUUAAUUCAGGUAGUCAAGAAAAUAAAGAGUUGCAAAGAAGGAAAUUCAGUAUUGUGGCGAAAACAGCUCCUUGGGAGCUCCAAAUAAGGUGCAGAAAUACAAUGAACUUUUUGAUAAACAAUGCACCUAUUAGAACACGGAAUAUUGUGGGUAAAUGGGGAAUUGAUGAAUACACUAUUAAGUACUUUUUAGUUUCAGAAGGACUAUAUUAUUCUUCUGAGCACGCAAAGGAUAUAUUAGCUACUUUCGACUAUGACAAAGAUAAUAAGUUGAAUGAGUCAGAAUUUGCAAUUUGUUACCAUGCUAUCCAACAACAUUUUAUGGGAGAAUUGGACGUCAAUUUACUUUUAAAUUAUUUGGAGGUGAAUUUCGGGGUGAAUACUGCUUCCUCAACUGGAAUUGAUCUUAAUACUUUCACAGCAUUAGUUAAGAAGCUUGAUUUAGGAUGGUCAAGUGGGCAAAUAAGACAUGCAAUGAUCUUUCUUUCUGGAGAAAGAAAUUUAUCCUCCAUAUAUGUUUCAUCUCUAAAUAACUCAAAAAAGUCAGAAUAUAAACAAAGGAAUAAAUACCUGCUUUCAGUCAAAGUUAAUGAUUUUGUCAAUAAAUUAGUCACAAUUGAGGGCGGUAUCCCCAAUAAUAUCGCUGCAUCACGGUUUAAAAACAGUGUUUCAAGUACUAGCUACGAUCGAAGCUCUAUAAUUUCGAAUGCAAACAAGCAUUCUAGAAGUGACCAGAACAGCUCUGUGAUCUCUAACUCUAUUUAUGUUCAGGAUGAUCAUACUAGAAACGUUGAUGAUAUCCCUAUUGAAGAAUAUGUUUAUAGCAAUAGUGAGUUGGAGGAGGAAAUUAUUGAACGAAUAUAG